AUGUCUUCCACCUCCUUUAUUCGCUCUCGCUCUGUGCCUCAGUCCCUUCGCUCACCCCCUCCGGGCGCUCCUCAGUAUCGUGUCAAUGUCAACAGCGGCUUGAGGGGGGGUAGUUACUUGAACUCUAGCGUCGUCAACAAAGCGAACACUCCGGAGCCAGAGAUUAGCCAAACCAAUCGAGACAAGUCCAACCCAGACAAACAGGAGCCAGCUAUCGAGCAGACCGACAACGAGGAACAGUACCCGGACGUGGUUCGCAAGGCGUUCGGGAACCGCCAAAGCGACCUUCCCUACGUCAAAGGCGAGAUCUACUAUUACGCUGCGCAGAAGGUCCCCAACUUCACCAGGCAAGAGUGGAAGGAAUUGCAGAAGUGGCUUCAGGAACACGACGAUCUGAAUCGUUACCAGUUUGAUUAUGAUCCAGAGACGAGCGAAUUAACUACGAUGUCGCCAUUGCACCUACACGAACGCCUCAUAGGGUUGAACAAGUUGAUGCUUCACGAGCGGUUUAUCACGCACUUCACUCCGAAGGAGUGGAUAUCCCGGUUGCUUAGAAUAGCUGACGAUACUGCGGAAUACGCUUCUGUGCGUGGAAACGGAGGCCAGAAGAGGAUCGCCGAUGCCGUCCAGGCACUCAAAGUCGGCCGCGAACUGAUCAUCACCUCUCUGGACGAGACGGCGUUGUCUCAGCCGAAGUACACGGACAAGUCUGCGGAAGGGGUGCUCAAUAAGCUCGUGGAGAUGGCGGACCGGCUCCUUGCCAUCCUACGCUUGCGGCAAGCCACGCGGGAGGCGAGGGGAGAGGCCGCGGACGACGAAGAACCGCUGAAGCUUAUUUCGCUCUCCUGCUUCUACAUCGAGGAGCUGCAGCCGGGCCGUUCUCAGAGAGCGAAGUGGGCAUCGCCGGCGAUGGGUGAUUUUUAUCUCGACAAGCUUGGCCUCGAUAACGCCAACUACGAGGAGAUGUUGAAGAUCUACCCAGAGUUGAUACAAGGCGCAGGUCCGUGGCGCGCGCACGACCAUGUGUUCUUCGGCGCUGUGCGCGUCUGGUGGUUUCACAUCCCCCUUGGCGAACUGGAGACCUUCAGGGCUGGUGUGAAAGCAAAGUGGGAGAUGAGCGAGUGGAUCGCCAGGGGCCUCGCAAUCCCUAUCCUGGAGUCGUACGGUCCUGCACAGCAGCUGCAGGUCGACGUCUUCCUGCGCAAGGUUGAGCAAAGCUACAAGGACAAACUCGCCAUCCUAGCGAGCCAACUGUUGAUCGAUGACAACGAGAAACUCAUUGAUGAAGCCGUGGCGAAGCUCAGCAAAGAGGAAGGCACAAAGCGUUACGAAGAACUCUACCAGUACAUGGAGCUCCUCCUCAAGCCGCCCAAGGAAGCCACCAGCUUUGCGGAGUCCAUUUCCCGCAUCGUUGACGAGAUCAAGGAUGGCGCCUACGGCACUGCUUGUGACCGCCUCUGCGAUAACUCGCACAUCGUCGGGCAAGACACAGUCGUGUUGCAAGGCGGCAAGCCCGGGCCCCGGGGACGCGACACGAACGCGGAAGACCUCAUGGCUCGCGUUGUCCGUAUGCGCGCCAAUUUUCUCAAACGCAAGCGUGAGGAGGAGCCUGAGUCUGACAGCGAUGUAGACUCGGACAGCAUCGACGAUCGUGCUCCCCAUGGACCGAGUACCUCCCGCGGGUGA